GGAGACGUGAUUUUAGCAGCAAGCCUCAGAGCUGAGGUCACGAAAAAGCUGGUGUGUGUUGUAAAAGGCUUGUCAGACGGCAUCAGAAAUGGGGAUUAACGAUUCUAUUAACCCUAAAUUAAUCUCUCGCGCGUUUGUUUGUUAUGUAGAACUUAAAAGAGAAACAACUGCGCUGCCGUGAUCAAGUGUGAUUGUGUUUACUUAAUCACAGAGCUGCUGUUCAGCCCUCCAGGGAAAAUAAAAAAGGCCACGGAGGCUGCCGGUGAUGAACAACAGCCAGGAAGAAGCUGUCACAACAUAAUUGCUCUCCAACUCAAAUUAGGUGCAGAUCAGAUUGCAUACAUUAACCCCACCGGUGUGUUGCAGAGCAUCUCUCGCGAUCCCAGCCGCGUUGUAUUAUUACUCAGCUACCAGUUUUUCAUCCUCACAAGCACCAGGUAGAGUGAGUGAGCUCAUGCAAAUCGAGCUGUUUUAUCCUGUUUACUCCGGGAAGUAAAUGAAAAGGAAGUGGCGGAAUUCCCUGGGGAGUGGGGUCCGGCGUUUUCCUGCUCGGCCGCCCCAAUUAUACACCCCCCGGCACAUAACAAAUGCUAAUAUACGUGAUUCGUGUGUAGAUGAAAAAGGGGCAUUAUGUAUGGCUACUCUAUUGAUUUAAUGCGCAACUUCAUAGGGAUAACAACAUGAACACAAUGAUAAACAAGGAGUGGCCCUCUGCACACUUUGAUGAAAGUGGAAUAAAGUGCAGCAGUCUGGAAGUCUUCAAGGGAAACUUUUUAGAGCUCCACUUGCGUAGAAAGAUUAGAUCGGUUGUCGUUGGUGGUAACAGGAAAAUCAUUUGCUUUUAAACACGGUUCUGAUGCUCAGACUCCAACUAAUUUUCCCAUGAGAAUGAAAGAUGACCGAGUCUGCUGAAUUACAGUUAUUGAGUUAUUGUAAUUUACUGACCUGAAUUUACUCUGCUUUCAAUUCUCAAUAAAUAAAUAUAAUAUUCCAGUGAAGUCAUAGCUAAAAUCUUCAUCGUCGCCCCAGGGCAAAAAAGACAUUUAUAUAUUUGAAGAUGCCAACCACCACUGCAUAUCCUGUAAAAGAUGUUUGGAAUGUUCCCUGGAGGUUUGCUCAGGGGACAUUGUUUCAUUUGUAUUACCAAGUAAAGCACAGCUCAUGCACUUAAUUAUUAUUAAUUAGUGAACAGUAACUUAAUGGUCUUUAUUUGAUUAAUUAGCCGGUGUUGCUGGUCAUUGAAUUAACUAAUGAUGAUACAAUCUUUUAAGUGAAUCAUUCACAUGAAUACCAUCAGAAGGGCAUUGUGUAGUUUUUGAGGAGAAGAUAUAUUUACUUGUUCCAUAAUUGAAUAAACAAGCUGCUCUCAGAGAAAAAUAACUGUGUUGUUCUUUAAGGUCAGUUUGUUUAUUCAGUUUAUUCAGUCAUGAAAAUGAAGUUUAUUUAGUUUGUUUUGGCGUAAAAACAAUAAAAUCAGUCAAUGAAGACCUUUCUCCUCUGAUCAAGAUUUCUUCCCAAAACUACAAAGUUCACAUUUAAUGGUAUUCGUGUGAACUAUUCACUUAAAAAGAUUGUAUAACCUUAAUCACAACUAAUGUUAACUAAUGUGUCCUUAUUGUAAAGUGUUUACAGGAUGGAGUACUGAAGUCCUGAACUAGCAGAGUGAUGGAACGCAUCAACUGCAACCUGCUGCAGGCUGAUAAAGAUUCAGACUCAAAGUGAAAGUAAAUGAGGCCACUCUCUCCAGCAGGGAGGGCAAACUGGAGUGACUCAGUGUUUUAACAUGCCGUCCGCUGUGUUAUCAGCUUCACUCAGAAGCAAGAUGGCUUCAAGACCGGAGCAGGAGCUCUGCUGUCCGCUGUGUCAGGAAGAUCUUAAACAUCCUGUUCUUCUGUCAUGUAGCCACAGCGUCUGUGAAGACUGUCUGUACAGCUGGUGGAGAGAGAAACAAAAACCAAGUUGUCCAGUUUGUAAGAGAAGAGAUUCGAUGGAGGCGGUUGUAACAUUCUGCAGCGAGCACAGUAAGAAACUCGACUUCUUCUGUCUGGACCAUCAGCAGCCGGUCUGCCUCGUCUGCAGAGAUUCAGACGAUCACACCGACCACACAGUCAGACCCAUCGAUGAAGCUGCACCACAACACAAGAAGAAACUUCAGGAAACUCUGGAGCCCUUUGAGCAGAAGUUAAAGGUUUUUGAGGAGGCUCAAGUGAAGUUUGAUGAAACUGCGAAACACAUGAAGUCUCAGGCCCGACGCACAGAGCGCCGGAUUAAGGAGGAGUUUAAGAGCCUGCGCCAGUUUCUAGACAAGGAAGAGGAGGCCAGGGUGGCUGCACUGAGGGAGGAAGAGGAGCAGAAGAGUCAGAUGAUGAGGGAGAAGACGGAGGCUCUGAACAACAUGGUCAGAGCUCUUUCGGACACAGUCGGAGCCACAGAGGAGGAGCUGAGAGCUGACAAUGUCUCAUUCCUGCAAAACUACAAGGAAACAGUGGAACGAGUCCAGCGGAAAGUCCUGCCAGAUGAUCCACAGCUGCCCUCGGGAGCUCUGAUAGACCAGGCUAAACACCUGGGCAACCUGACCUUCAACAUCUGGAACAAGAUGCAGGACAUGGUCUCUUACACGCCUGUGAUUCUGGACCCAAACACUGAAAAUCCCGACCUCAUCCUGUCUGAAGAUCUGACCAGCGUGAGACAAGGAGAGAGACGUCAGCUUCCUGAUAACCCGGAGAGGAUCAAUUCUUACAUCACUGUCCUGGGUUCGAAGGGUUUUGAAUCUGGGACUCACAGCUGGGAUGUGGAGGUAGGAGACAGUGGACACUGGGUGCUGGGUGUGUUGACAGAGUCUUUCAAGAGGAAGGGAGCCAUACAGUCAGGAUUCUGGGAAAUAAGGUACCAGGAAGGUAAAUACUUGGCACAGUCGUCACCGGAUUCAUUCACUGUUCUCAGCGUGCAGAAGAAGCUCCGGAGGAUCAGAAUGAACCUGGACUGGAACAAAGGAAAGCUGUCCUUCACUGAUUUUGACACCAACACACACAUAUACACCUUCACACACACUUUCACUGAGAGGACAUUUCCAUUUAUUACCAAUAAGGAUAAAUACCCUCUGAAGAUAUUACCCACCAAGGUCCGUGUGGCAUUCGCGUGAUUGGAAUCAUAAUCAUAGUCUUUUCAUGUGUGAAAUGGUUUUGCUUACUUCGAUACUGUCAUUUAUAUGUUUGUGUUAUUUUUUGCUUCUGUGUGAAUUUUUGCAUGUUUGAGCAACCAGAUCCGAAGGCUGAUUCAAAUUCAGCCCCAGUUCAUCAAAUCUAAUAUGUUUGAUGCCAACAUCAUGAAAUGAUGUGUAAAAUACAUAAGUGUUUAAUCACCAAAAAUAUAUAGUACAUUUUCUUGCUGAAAGGAAGCGAAGAUUUCAGGUGGACGGCUCAGUUUUAUGGUAGACGUCUCAUUCUAAGGUGGAUGCUGAAAUGUAAAUGAGUGAUGAUGUGUUCAGUGCUAAUGUAAGCUGGUAUUUGAGCUAUCUUUUGGUCAAUUCAUCAAUAAAAUGUUGAUUUUGUUUUCCCUCUAUUUGUUUUUUUUAAGGAACAUUUGCAGAUUGUAGAUUUGACGUCAACUUAGAAUAAACUGAGCUUCUGCAGCUUCGGCGUUGGAGCAUUACUUACUGCCAUUAUGGAGAUACAUGUGACAGACAACUUGUCCUGGUUUCAGUGUCUGAUAAUAUUUUCUGGAGUCAAAGUGAGAAACGUUAU